UGAUUACAGACUUAAGUUUUCUUUUUUGUAUUAAAUUCAGGAUUUUACCUUAACAAAUAAUCUAUUCAUGAGCUAUAAUGAUUAAAUAAUUAGGUAUAUUACUAACUUACCUAAUUCGCGAUUUUAAGCUUUACAAUGCCUUCGCAAACCGUGAUACAAGAAGAUAAACCAAAUGAGCCUGAGUUUGUUACAGUAGAGGUAGAUCCUUACAUAUAUCCUGGAGAUAAGUUUGAAGAGCUAAAGCAGGAACCGGUCUGGGAUCAAGACGAGCUCAAAGACUAUGUGGAGCCCGAAAUCAGUAUAGAAUUGCUGCCUGGCAGGGUAACAGACAACCGUCAGUGGAAGAGAUAUUCUCAGGAGGAUUUAGAUAAGGCCAUAGAGGAUGUGAAAAAAGGAUCGCCCAUCGCCCGGGCGGCGAGGAAAUAUGGCAUCCCGCGAAUAACCUUGUCCAAUAAAGUUAACGGAAAAACGGCACGCAAUUGCCGCAUGGGUCCAAAAACGUUUGUACCAGAAGAUAUAGAGAAAGGUUUAGUUAAGUGGAUUCAAGAUAUGCAAAAUGCCGGUUUACCUGUCAUCAAGGAGCAGUUAUUAGACACCGUCCAAACUAUAGUUAAGGACAAGAAAAUCAUAACGCCUUUCAAAAACAACCGGCCCGGCAGACAUUGGCUAGAAAGUUUUAUGAAAAGGCAUCCUGAGUUAAGUAUAAAAUUUUCUCAGAGUCGGACAAUUUCCAGAGUUGCUAAGAACCGAAAAACUAAGAAGAAAUUAAAAUAAACUAUUAACAUACUGAAGUGUAUGAUUACUGAUUAUGCAAUAUUUACAGGAUUUACGCUGUUUUGACAAUGCAGAUAUUUCAGCGUUUCUUUGAU